CCUUGGAGACAGUUUUUUCCAGUGGACAUUGAGGUUUGGCCUCACUCUUUCUCCAAUCUAGGCUCCAGACAGGUAUGCGGGGUGCCUUUGGAAAGCCCAAGGGCACAGUGGCCAGGGUCCACAUUGGCCAAGUCAUCAUGUCCAUCCGUACCAAGUUGCAAAACAAGGAGCAUGUGAUUGAGGCUCUACAUAGGGCCAAGUUCAAGUUACCUGGCCACCAGAAAAUCCACAUUUCCAAGAAGUGGGGCUUUACUAAGUUUAAUGCAGACAAAUUUGAGGACAUGGUGGCUGAAAAGCGGUUCAUCCCAGACGGCUAUGGGGUCAAAUACAUCCCUAAUUGUGGCCCCUUGGACAAAUGGCAGGCUCUGCACUCAUGAGAACCUCAGCACUGCCCUUCCCCAUUCAUGCCCACCAAUAAAUGCUGCUUCCUGUCAGAAAAAUAGAUAA